UCUCUGGAAACAGGUUUGGAGAAAGCCUGAGAGAACUACACAGGAAGAGGAUUCUUCAGUGUACUGCCCAUCUCAGAACAACAUGGCUCAGACUAAACCAGGAGCUAAAAGCCCUUUAAUGGAGACGGCUGUGGGGUUCGCACUGGGAGCAGUAGCAGGCUGCAUACUGGGAAUCACAGAGGACCCGGUGGACCAGUCUCUCUUAGUGAUGACUGCAGCUGCUCCAAUGAAACCAGUGAUGGAGGAAGUCAGGACAGUGGGUCCUCUGGGGUUAGGGACCCUUAUUGGAGCCACAGCACUGACCACAGCGAUGACCUCAGUCGUGGCUGGUGUGAUUCUGGCAGCCGUAGUGGCUUCAGUGUUCGUGGUCACAAGGAACUGCGGUGCCUCCCACAUAGACACCGUUAUCUUGUGGACAAUGGCAGGUUUUGCCGGGGCUCUAGGGACCACUCUUAGCGGAGCCACACUCGGGGUCGCUAUUGAAUGGAUUGUGAGAAAUUACGGCAUGAUGGGCCUUCUGUGGGCACUGAGUAUAUUGACUGUGAUCAAGCCUCCCCUGCAUUAUGUAUUUAAGAUCCUCUGGAAACAGGGAGAGUCUUGUUGCACUCUGGGAACUGCAGCCUGGGCGGAAACAGAAAGAAAAAAGAUCGAGACUACAGAGACUGAGCAGAGACAGAGAGUGGCUGUGCAGAUAGAGGAGAGGAUCCUGGUGCUAGAGAAGGGAGGUGAUACCAUUGGGAUGGAGCCCAGGAUGGCAUGGAUGACAGAGCGAAUGCAGAGAGAGGAGAUAGAGAGGAAGAAGACGGAGAGGGAGGAGGCAGAGAUGGAGCAAAGAACCUUGCAAGACUGGAUCAACACCGUGGUAGUCAAAUAUGUGGACUUUUUGGCUUUCGCAGGAAUACCAAUGACAGUGGUUGCCAUAGUAACAUCAGGGUUUGGGGUGUUUGGUUAUGGUGACCACCAGUCUGUGUUUGUUGUACUUUUGGCUUUAGUUGCAAUCAUAGCCUAUAUGCUUCUGAAGUCUUCUGACUUCAAGUUCUGGAUGUUGGUUGGGUGUAUGGGAAUGCUUGCGACGUUCGUCAUUGCCAUGCUCACCCUUCACGCUGGUCAGGUGGUUGUAUCAACUGCCAUGAAGAUGAGAGCAGCAGGACAGAGUCAGUCCAAAGAAGACAUCAACACUCGUAUAAACCAGCAGUCCUCUCUGGAAGCUUUGAACGCAGCUUUCUUUGUGGCAAAACUGUGUGAGCUGGGUUUGGGUGCUACAGUCGGGGGGCCACUAGUAAGGCGAGCAGCUGGAGAGGUGAAAGUCAUAGCAGGGGCAGCUUUAGUGGCACUUGGUUUACUGGCUGGGGUUAAGGUUUUAUCCCCAGUGCUGGGAGAUGGGGGGAAAGCAGGGGCAUUGCUGGGGAUGGUGGGAGCCACUGGGGUGUGUGUGGGUGCAGCGGCAGCUGUAGCUGGGAGGUGGUCCUCAUGGCCAGGAACUUUGGGAACAAUAGUGGGGUUGGUCUUAGGAGCAUUAGUGAUGGGAAAAUGGCAUAUUGUCAACAUUGGACUGCAGUUGCCUGUGGCUUAUGUGUUUGCUAUGACAAAUCCAUUUUAACAAGAUCCUAUUGUGAAAAACAUUAAUGCCCUAUGAGAAGUCAUUGUGUCAUUUGUACUACUAAGCGGCUCUUAAUUACUCUACUUUAAAGAAGUGUGGUGAUGUUCUAUAUUUUAAAAUUUAAAUUUCAUGUGCUGAUCAUAGACUGUAUAAAAAAUGGACAGAGUCUCAGUG